GGACGGAGGAACCGGAAUUAAAUCAGAAAGUAGAGUUGGGGAACAACGUUGUUAGCAAAAGUGAGACGGAAGUCGGAAUUCCUUUUCAUCACUAUUUUACUCAUGACAUUCAGUUGCGUUGUUAUUUUCAACUAACAAUUAAAUACGGCUGAAACCACAGUGUAUAAAGUACCACACCUAGUAAAAGUUUAUCAAAAAGAAAAUCAAUAUGGCAGAGGAAACUAAAAAGGAAAUCACUGACGUUGUUUUUACAAACAUUAAGAUGGAAGUAUCAAGGUGGUAUGAUGAUCAAAACGCAAUCAACAUGCUGAAAUUGUUGUAUAGAGACCAUGUGCCUAACUUGUUUAAGUUGCACAAUUUUUGUAAUACGAUGGACUUACUGAAUGAAUUAAUUACUUCUGGCGCUCUAAGUUCUUCUGAUCCAACUAUCAUUUAUGAUACCAUAAAAGCAACUUGUCAGUUUGGUUUGGAAACUAAUAUAAAACGUCAAAUACCAUCAUGCCCAAAUAUCAGAGAAGUUGAAGUUUCUAAAUUUACACCGUAUAGACAAAAACUAUUAAAGCUGGGAAUGUCAAUAAGUCCAGAAGAUGUAAGGAAAAUCAAUGCCAUGUAUAAUACUCCAGUAAAGAAAUAUGCAGACAACUGGAGUUUGAUUAUUGAUCUUGAAAAGAGGAUGAUUCUUUGUGAAGAUAAAAUGGAUACAUUCAAUGAUAAGUUGAGGGAAAAUGGUAUCUUUGAUGCUGCAAACUGUCUAACAGAAGAUACUGUUAUCAAAAAUUAUCUACUCAAAAGACAAAAAAAUUUGUGCUCCCGUGUCAACCGGUUCACACCAGCUACUUUACGUACAUUAUACCAAGUAGAUAUUGCCAAUAUGUUUACUGAUCUGGAGCUACUGAAAAAAAAUAAGAAAGAAGGAAAGCCAGUAACAUUACACGAGCUUUUAGAUGUUAUCAAAUCCACACCAGCAUGUAGAACUCUCAUAGAAGGUGAAGGUGGUAUUGGCAUAUCAACUCUUCUCAGGUACUUAGCAUACAACUGGGCAAAUGAAUCAGAUAAAACAUAUGAAGGUAAAAUUGUGUUUCUGAUAAAUGUCAGAGAUAUUGGGAGAGGUGAGGAUAUUUUGGAUGUAAUUGUGAAACAAAGUAAUCUAAAGUAUUUUGAAAGGAAGACGAAUCUUCCAAAAGAUCCGAUGUUAAUAACAAGGUUCAUAAUACACCAUGAUAAUGAGAUUGUAUUCUUGUUAGAUGGAUUGGACGAAUUGGAAGAUGGAAAUGUAUGUCCAAUAUUAAGCCUUUUUAAAAAAGAGGAGUUGGAAGAUAGCAUUGUAAUACUUACAUCUCGAUCAGAAAACAUAAGUGAAUUUAUUAAAGAGAACAACGUUCAUGUGAAAGUAAAUGGGUUUAAUAUUAAGAAUAUAAAGAAGUAUAUUAAGAAACACUUUGAUUACUUUGAUAAACCUGAACUAGGAGAUUCUCUUGCCAAAGAGUUGGAACUAACUGAAAAAUGGCCCUGUAAACAUCGAGAAGUAUAUUCAAUGUGUAAGAAUCCAAUGUUACUACUCUCAGUAUGUACUAUGUGGGAGGACAAGCAGGGUCUUCCAACUAAUAAAGCUGAUCUUUUUAAAGAGGUUUUUCGCAGCAUUUUGAAUCAGUUCAACAGACAAGAAAGUAAUGCCCCAAAAAUCACUAAAUUCAGUGAUACUCCCAUUGAGUAUGUACAUGCAAUGCUUAUGUUAGGAAAGUGUAUGUAUAAAAGUUUAAAGAAAAACCAACUCUCGAUAAACAGUAGAGAUUUAGAAGGAAAAAAAGAAAUGGUUUUUCUGGCUUUAAAACUAGGAUUUGUCUACCUAGAUGAACCACAUUCAAAAACUGAAUUUGAACAAUGUUUUACAGCUCCUCACAAGUUGAUAGCAGAGUCAUUGGUAGGAUUUUACAUUUCAGAACUAUGUCAGACAGCAGGGUUAGAGAAUGAGUGUGCAGGGCACUUAAAACAAUUACUUACUCCAUUGGAUGAGGAUGAAUGGGAGAUUAUAAGAGAAAGUGAAUAUUUACAAAUGGCAAGAACAUUUACAAUACAAUUCCUUGGUGCUAAUGUCGGAAAAUUUUUUAUUCACUGGUUGACAAAAGAUCUCACAACAUAUCGCUCACUAAUGAAGAAUUAUUUUAUAUCUGUGAAAGCAGGCCACCAGGUUUUCGUUGAAGAAGCACUAAUUGAUCACAUGACCAAGACACAAUUAAAAAUAAAACCACAUGUCAAUGGCAUAUGUAAAUCACUUAUGAGAUAUAUUCAUCAUAUUAAUCCAUCUUUAGAGGUAUUUGAAGAUGAGCAUUUUAUUAAACUUACGAGAAUAAUUUAUGACAUGAAGCUAAGGCCAUCAGUUACACCACCUCGUUUUAAAAGAUUAUGUAACAAAAUGUCACCUGAAGAAAAAGGCAAAAUGCUCGCUCACAUACUGUUUGCUAUACAAGAUGAAACUUAUAUGUUAGAAAAUAUUAUCCCUGAAGUGUGUUCUGAUGAUGAUAUUAAAUACCUAACAGCUGAAUUUCAGAAACUUGAUUUGCAUUAUGAUAUUGGAGUUUAUGAAGUAUUUAAGAAAAGUUCAAUUACUGCUGUAUUUUUAUUUCAUCUUUUGACUAAUUCACCAAAACUUAGAAGUCUGACCUUAAGGUCUUGUAUUACAGGUGAUGUUAUGAAUGAUGUGAGCAGAGAGCUUUCAAGUAGAGGGAUCAAGUUAGAAUUAAGGUCUCUUAAUAUCAAUGAUAAUAAUCUCAGUACAAUUAAUGGUACUUCACUGGCUUCUUUAAUGUCAGUUACUCCACAACUGGAUCACCUUAAUUUGAGCAACUGUAGUUUAACAGGUGAUAUUAUGAAUGAUAUGACCAGAGAGCUUCUAAGUGUAGAAGCCAAGUUAGGAUUACGUUUCCUUAAUGUCAAUGGUAAUAAUCUUAGUACGACUAAUGGUGCUUCACUGGCUUCUUUAAUGUCUCCACAACUGAUUGAGCUUCAAUUGAGCAACUGUAGUUUAACAGGUGAUAUUAUGAAUGAUAUGAGCAGAGAGCUUUCAAGUGAAGGGGUCAAGUUAAAAUUAACAUUUCUUUAUGUCAAUGGUAAUAAUCUCAGUACGAUUAAUGGUGCUUCACUGGCUUCUUUAAUUUUAACAGGCGAUAUUAUGAAUGAUAUGAUCAGAGAGCUUUUAAGUGGACGGGUCAAGUUAAAAUUAAAGAAUCUUUAUAUCGAACGUAAUAAUCUCAGUACGAUUAAUGGUGCUUCACUGGCUUCUUUAAUGUCUCCACAACUGAUUCAGCUUCAAUUGAGCAACUGUAGUUUAACAGGUGAUAUUAUGAAUGAUAUGAUCAGAGAGCUUUUAAGUGGAGGGUUAAAGUUAAAAUUCAAGGAUCUUUAUAUCGAUGGUAAUAAUCUCAGUAUGAUUAAUGGGGCUUCACUGGCUUCUUUAAUGUUAAUUACUCCACAACUGUUUAAGCUUAAAUUGAGCAACUGUUGUUUAACAGGUGAUAUUAUGAAUGAUAUGAUCAGAAAGCUUUCAAGUGAAGGGGUCAAGUUAAGAUUACAGUGUCUUUAUAUUGAUGGUAAUAAUCUCAGUAUGAUUAAUGGUGCUUCACUGGCUUCUUUAAUGUUAAUUACUCCACAACUGUCUCAGCUUAAAUUGAGCAACUGUAGUUUAACAGGUGAUAUUAUGAAUGAUAUGAGCAGAGAGCUUUCAAGUGAAGGGGUCAAGUUAGCAUUUAAAUCUCUUUAUAUUGAUGGUAAUGAUCUCAGUACGAUUGAUCUUGCUUCACUGGCUCCUUUAAUGCCAAUUGCUGAACAACUGUUUCAGCUUAAAUUGAGCAACUGUAGUUUAACAGGUGAUAUUAUGAAUGAUAUGACCAGAGAGCUUCUAAGUGUAGGAGCCAAUGCUUUAGAGGAUGUAAGAAAGAAAGAACUUUACACUCUGAAAUCUGAUUUAGAAUUAUGUGAAGACCCCAAUAUCUGGCAAAUAUAUCAAUCCUCAGACUUAGAUAAGAAACUUCACUUUGUUCUUGGAGUUGGAAAUACAUUCCUAAGUGCAGAUGCUCUAAGAGCCUUUGAUAAAUACUGUAAAAAUUAUUCCAAGAUUGCAUGGUGCAAGCAUUCAGAGAUUAAGUCUGUUCAAACUUAA